CUGGGUCUUACUCCUGUCCUUUUCACUGUGGUCACUCACACUAGUCACUGAUUUAUCACCCAAAAGUCAACGGUCAAACUACAAAACUAGGCCACCAGAUCUCGUGAGGGUAGGGUUAGGACGAGGUUUGGGUUUCUCCCCUUUUUGUGUGGUAGUUUUUGGACUACGAGAUGGCGGAGACUUCCUCAGCAGCUAACCCAACCGAGGGGCCAACCCCCUCUACUACAGGGGGUACCCCCUCCGCGGGAAGGCAGGGGGUGGAGGCGGUGGAUAUUGUUGUCAUAGCCGUCUACUUCGUCCUGAUCCUGGCCGUUGGCAUAUGGUCUAUGGUGAAGGCGAACCGUGGAACGGUAACUGGGUACUUCCUGGCAGGACGCAGUAUGUGGUGGGGACCGAUCGGGUUGUCCCUGUACGGAAGUAACAUCGGCAGCACCAGUUUUAUCGGGUUAGCGGGGACGGGUGCCGCCUCGGGGAUAGCGGUGUCAGCGUAUGAGCUCAGCGGCUUAUUUUGCCUGCUGCUGCUUGCCUGGUUGUACAUUCCAGUCUACAUCUCCUCAGCGGUAACGACGAUGCCACAAUAUCUGAAGAAACGUUUUGGCGGGAAGAGACUACAGAUCUACCUGUCCGUGUUGGCGCUUAUUCAGUACAUCUUCAUCAAGAUCUCGGCGGAUAUGUUCGCAGGUGCACUGUUUAUCCAGUUGGCGCUGGGUUGGAGCUUGUAUCCCUCCAUCCUCCUCCUGCUGGCCAUCACAGCAGUCUACACAAUCGGAGGAGGUCUUACUGCAGUGAUGUACACAGACGCGGUGUCUGUCUGUAUCAUGGUGAUCGGUGCCAUCAUACUGAUGGUCAUGGCAUUUGUUCGAGUCGGUGGCAUAGAAACCCUCGUCACGGAAUAUUUCCGGUCCAUCCCUGACGUCAGACCUCCCAACACCACCUGCGGCGUGCCGACCCCGGAAGCAUUUCACCUGUUUAGGGACGCCACCGGAAAUGACCUUCCAUGGCCCGGGCUGGUGUUCGGUAUUUUUAUCCUGUCAGCGUGGUACUUUUGUACUGACCAGGUCCUCGUGCAGCGCUCCCUAGCGGCCAAGAACAUGACGCACGCCAAGGGAGGGUCCAUUCUGGCCGCGGCGCUAAAAAUCCUCCCCCUUUUUCUAAUGGUCAUGCCCGGGAUGAUCAGUAGGACUCUGUUCAAAGAUGACGUAGCCUGUGUGACCGCAGAGGAAUGUGUACGUGCAUGUGGAAAUCCUGCGAGCUGCACCAACAUCGCCUACCCAAAACUGGUCAUAGAGCUCAUGCCAGUCGGUCUGCGUGGCCUGAUGGUAGCGACCAUGCUGGCUGCUCUGAUGAGUUCUCUGACGUCCGUGUUUAACAGCAGCAGUAGUAUCUUUACUGUGGACCUGUGGGGCAGGGUCAGGAGGAAGGCGUCACAACGGGAACUCAUGCUGGUCGGCAGGUUGUUCGUGCUGGUAAUGGUGGGGAUCGGUAUCCUGUGGAUCCCGGUUGUCCAGGCGGCUCAGGGCGGGCAGCUGUUCGACUAUAUCCAGUCCAUCACCAGCUACCAGGCGCCUCCCGUCCUGGCCUGCUUCACACUCGGGAUUCUCUGGCCCAGGACCAACGAACCGGGUGCAUUCUGGGGGAUGAUAAUCGGGCUGGUUGUCGGGACAGUCCGGCUGAUCCUGGACUUCUCGUACGGGUUCCCGCGAUGUGGCGAGCCCGACACCCGGCCCGACAUCAUCACCAAGUUCCACUUCCUCCACUUCGCCAUCCUGCUCUUCGCCCUCUGCGUGGUGGCGACGGUCGUCAUUAGUCUCCUGACGGAGCCGCAGGACAAGGAAAAGUUGGUUCGUUUGACGUGGUGGACUCGGCACAGUACGGAGAUGCCAGUGGAUCUGUCUGACUCUGAGGAUGAACAAGAAGAGGAAACUGAGAAAGAGGAAAACGGGGAAGCACAGGUGGAGACGACAGAACAGAACACACAAGGCCAAGAUGGCGGACAAAGAGAGUCGCGAAGCAUGAUGGGUAUGCUACGAACUGGAUGGAACUGGUUCUGUGGAUUUUCAGACAUUCCUGCCAAAAAGCAGACCAAAGAAGAGAAGGCAGCUUCCAUGAAGGUGAUGACGUCACUAAAAGAGGACAAUUUCUGGGGACGGUUCACUAACGUCACUGCGUUGGUACUGAUGGCUAUAGGCGUGUUCUUCUGGGGAUUUUUUGCUUAAACAGAAGAAGCCUUAGUUUAAACAGUGUAAGGUUACAGUUUUCAUUGUUUUAAUGGCGUCUUAUUGUGACUGCCGUCCUAUUUUACAAACUUGGUAGCAAUUUAUACUGUUCGAAAAC